AUGUCUGACGCGGAUUUCGAGACUAUCAAGAAGCUCCAGCAGGAGCGAAAUGCUGCCGCUACGGGCAACAAGGGUUCGCGAACCUUUGAUGUCGCCAACCAGCGAGCCGACGAUACAAAGCAGAAGCUGACCGACAGCGCUGACAGUUCCUUAUACGAUAAAGAUGGACCUAAUAAGUUUGCUGGAUAUAACACGUCUCUGCCGAUGAUGGGCGAAGAUGACGACGAGAUGGGUGAUGGCGACAAUACGCGACGGUUAACCGGCCAGUACACGGCGUCGCGAGAAAUGAUCGAUGAAUUCGCCCGGGGAAGUGGUGUCGAAGAAGAUGACAUCCUUGCCGGAAAGGGGGAGAAGAGUGGCCGAAUCGUCGAUCGCGAAACAGAUUACCAGAAGCGCCGCUUCAACCGCGCCCUUACUCCCACGCGCGCCGACCCAUUUGCUGAGAACCGCCAGGCUGGUGAUUCUGAGAACGGCACAAGCUAUCGCGAGAUUAUGGAGGCUCGCGAACUUGAAAGGGAGGAGCAGCGCGUACUACAAGCCAUAAAAGCGAAACAGGAGGGCAAGUCUGACGAUGAUGGCGACGCUAAGCCUAUGCUCACCGAUGGGGAUAAAGACAACACCGAAGCCGAAACUACAGAUGGUGCUACUACUCGAAAGCGAAAGAAGAGAUGGGACGUCUCAUCGACACCUGCUGAGGAUGACAAGGCUGAGGCAGCUGAUGCGGUCAAGCCCAAGCGUUCGCGAUGGGAUCAAGCACCCGCCCUUUCUGCCCCAGGCGCCGAAGGUGCAAAGAAACGUUCGCGAUGGGACCAGGCUCCUUCUGCGACACCCAUGGGUAACGCAGGACUGGCUACUCCCGCCCACCCGUCGUCUUCUUCCGCUAUUCCAACAACCUUUGGUACCGACAUAUCUGGCCGAAACAUGCCUCUAAGCGACGAAGAGCUCGAUAUUCUCCUGCCUGGUGAGAGCGAUGGUUACAAGAUUCUCGAUCCACCUCCUGGAUACGAGCCAGUCCGGGCUCCCGCACACAAGCUUAUGGCCACCCCUGCCCCUCAAACAGGCUUCAUGAUGCAGGAUCCCGAGCAAGUGCGCCUCUCUGGGAAACCCAUGCCUGCUGAAAUCCCCGGAGUUGGUGAUCUGCAGUUUUUCAAGGCCGAGGAUAUGGCCUAUUUCGGAAAGCUUACUGAUGGUUCCGACGAGAAUGCUCUGACUGUUGAGGAGCUCAAGGAGAGGAAGAUCAUGAGACUGCUCUUGAAGAUCAAGAAUGGUACUCCCCCCAUGAGAAAGACUGCCCUUCGACAGAUCACCGACAAUGCUAGGCAAUUCGGAGCCGGCCCUCUUUUCGAUCAGAUCCUGCCACUACUCAUGGAGAAGACACUAGAGGACCAAGAGCGUCAUUUGCUUGUCAAGGUUAUUGACCGUAUUCUGUACAAGCUUGAUGACCUUGUGCGCCCCUAUGUCCACAAGAUUCUAGUCGUUAUCGAACCACUACUCAUUGAUCAAGACUAUUACGCAAGAGUGGAGGGUCGUGAGAUCAUCUCAAACCUGAGCAAGGCUGCUGGUCUUGCUACAAUGAUCAGCACAAUGCGACCUGAUAUUGAUCACGUUGACGAGUAUGUCCGAAACACAACAGCACGAGCCUUUGCCGUCGUCGCAUCUGCAUUGGGUAUUCCUGCUUUGUUACCCUUCCUCAGAGCUGUGUGCCGAAGCAAAAAGUCAUGGCAAGCUCGGCAUACAGGUGUCAAGAUUGUCCAACAAAUUCCUAUUCUCAUGGGCUGUGCUGUACUCCCCCACCUCAAGGGACUCGUUGACUGUAUUGGACCUAACCUCAACGACGAACAGACAAAGGUCAGAACAGUUACCAGUUUGGCCAUUGCUGCCCUAGCCGAAGCCUCCAACCCCUACGGUAUCGAGAGUUUCGACGACAUCCUGAACCCCCUAUGGACCGGUGCCCGCAAACAACGAGGCAAGGGUCUCGCAGGAUUCCUCAAGGCUGUCGGGUAUAUCAUCCCUCUGAUGGACGAAGAAUAUGCCAAUUACUACACCAGUCAGAUUAUGGAGAUUCUUCUUCGUGAGUUCUCUUCCCCGGAUGAGGAAAUGAAGAAGGUUGUUCUCAAAGUGGUAUCUCAGUGCGCUGGCACGGAUGGUGUGACUGCAGGAUAUCUCAAGGAACAUGUCUUGGACGAAUUCUUCAAGAGCUUCUGGGUACGAAGAAUGGCAUUGGACAAGCGCAACUACCGACAAGUGGUUGAGACGACAGUCGAUAUUGGCCAAAAGGUCGGAGUCAGUGAGAUUGUGGACAGAAUCGUCAACAAUCUCAAGGACGAGAGCGAAGCUUACCGAAAGAUGACAGUCGAGACGGUCGAGAAGAUUGUUGCCAGCCUGGGCGCGGCUGAUAUCGGCGAGCGUUUAGAAGAGCGACUCGUUGACGGUAUCCUCCAUGCGUUCCAGGAGCAGAGCGUCGAGGACAUUAUUAUGCUGAACGGGUUUGGCUCUGUUGUCAACGCAUUGGGAACCCGCUGCAAACCCUACAUCCCCCAAAUUGUCAGUACCAUCCUGUGGCGACUCAACAACAAGUCGGCUACAGUUCGACAGCAGGCGGCGGAUCUUAUCUCUCGAAUUGCUAUGGUUAUGAAGCAAUGUGGAGAAGAUGCCCUCAUGGGAAAGCUAGGUGUUGUGCUCUACGAAUACCUCGGCGAGGAGUACCCUGAGGUUCUCGGAUCUAUCCUGGGCGCUCUACGAUCCAUCGUCACUGUCGUUGGUAUUGCGCAGAUGCAACCGCCUAUCAAGGAGCUUCUCCCACGACUCACUCCGAUCUUGCGAAACCGUCACGAAAAGGUCCAGGAAAAUACCAUUGACCUGGUCGGCCGUAUCGCAGAUCGCGGGCCUGAGAGUGUCAAUGCCCGAGAAUGGAUGCGAAUCUGCUUCGAGCUGCUUGACAUGCUAAAGGCUCACAAGAAGGGUAUUCGACGAGCUGCCAAUAACACAUUCGGUUUCAUCGCCAAGGCCAUUGGCCCUCAAGAUGUGCUUGCAACCUUGCUGAACAAUCUUCGGGUACAGGAGCGUCAGUCUCGUGUCAACACUGCUGUUGCCAUUGGUAUUGUCGCCGAAACUUGUGCUCCUUUCACUGUCUUGCCAGCUCUGAUGAACGAGUACCGAGUCCCUGAGCUCAACGUGCAAAACGGUGUGCUCAAGUCACUCUCGUUCCUCUUCGAGUACAUCGGUGAGAUGGCAAAGGACUACGUUUAUGCAGUAACUCCCCUAUUGGAAGACGCUCUUAUCGACCGUGACCAAGUCCAUCGUCAAACAGCAGCCUCCGUCGUCAAGCAUAUUGCUCUUGGCGUCGUUGGCUUGGGCUGCGAAGAUGCCAUGGUGCAUCUGCUCAACCUCCUCUACCCCAACCUUUUUGAAACCAGUCCACACGUUAUCGACCGUAUCGUCGAGGCUAUCGAGGCUAUUCGAAUGGCGGUUGGACCGGGCUUGGUGCUCAACUACGUCUGGGCGGGUCUAUUCCAUCCGGCACGAAAGGUCAGAACUCCAUACUGGCGUCUGUACAACGACGCGUAUGUUCAGGGGGCAGACGCCAUGGUGCCAUACUACCCCAACCUGGAUGAAGACAAGAUGGACCGACCAGAGCUUGCAAUCGUGUUGUAAGACCUUGUACAUACACGAAAGGAAGAGAGUAUAGUUUCAGGACGUGGUUAUAGUGGUGAUGGCAGGGUUUAUUCCAAGGACGUUUUCUUUUCUAGUAUUAUGGAUAUGGGGAGGCUUGUAAUGUGGAAUGCUGUACGUUGAA